AUGCACAUUGAAUGCAUGACAGACUGGAAAGAACUCAAAGUUCGUUUAGAUUGUAGAAAAACCAUCGAUGAUGAGAAUCAAAAUUUAAUCCAAAGAGAGGAAACCUAUUGGAAACAAGUACUUGAAAGACUCGGUGAAAUAAUUAAGCAUUUAGCUAAGCGGAAUAUGGCAUUUCGAGGUACUGUCGAUCGAUUAUACGAGCCGAAUAACGGUAAUUUCUUGAGCCAAGUUGAACUGAUGGCGAAAUUCGAUCCUAUUUUAAGCGAACAUGUACGUCGAGUUCAAAGUGGGGACCUCCAGCGCGUUCACUAUUUGGGAAAGGAAACUCAGAACGAAUUCAUUGACAUACUGGGUAAUGCAAUUUUCAAAGAAAUUAGCAGGCGAGUGGUAGCCGCGAAAUAUUACUCCAUAAUUUUAGACUGCACCUCCGAUAUUAGUCAUGAAGAACAAAUGACUGCCGUUGUUCGAUUUGUCACUGUGUCUAAAAACACCGUGGAAAUUUGCGAGCAUUUCAUUGGCUUCGUUGUUGUAGACGAUACAACUGGUAAGGGAUUGUAUGAAACGUUGUUAGAUAUCUUGAAAUCAAACAAUCUUGAAUUGAAUAACUGUCGGGGUCAAGGGUAUGACAAUGGCAGUAAUAUGAAAGGUAAAAAUAGUGGUGUUCAGGCCAGAAUUUUGAAGGAUAAUAAAAGAGCGUUUUUCGUUUCCUGCAGUUGUCACAACCUCAACCUAGUAGUUUCAGAUGCCGGACAUUCGCCCGUCACAGCUGAACUAUUCUUUGGUGUUCUUCAAAGGCUAUUCGCAGUCUUCGCUGCUUCAACCCAGAGGUGGCAAAUAUUGAAGGAGCACGUUAAUAUCAGUGUGAAAUCACUGCCUGAAACUCGCUGUGAAGGGAAAAUAAAUGCUGUAAAAGCUGUGAGGUUCCAAAUAGCAGAAAUCAGAGAUGCGUUGCAGGAACUUUGUCGAAUGUCGCAAGGUAAAGAUGCAAAGCUGAGAUCGGAACUGAGAGGCCUAUGUUUCGAAAUUGAGUCAUUGUCUUUUCUGAUUAGAUUGGUAGUAUGGUAUGAUGUACUGCAAGUGAUCAACAAAAUCAGUAAAGCUUUACAAUGUCCGAAAGUUGAUUUGCAUACUGCGAUGAACAUGAUUGACGGUGCUCUUCUUCAAUUACAAACCUUUCGAGAAUCCGGUUUCGAAACUUGCAUAGCCACCGCUAAAAAAAUGGCUGAGAAGUUAGAUAUUUCACAAACUUUACCCGAAUCACGUACCCCACGAACAAGACGAUUCUUUGAUUAUGAGUCUCAGCACGACGAACGACCUAGCGAUCCAAUGAAAAGGUUAGAAAUUGAAUUUUUCAACAAAUUAUGCGAUAUAGCGAUAUCAAGCCUACGCGAACGUUUCGAAAUGACCCAAAACGUUUGUGAACCAUUUAGUAUCAUCCGAAACUCGGAUAACUUUAUGAGAUUGGACAGAACCCAAAUUUUGACUAAGUCCAAGGCUUUAGAAAAUUAUCUGACUGGUGAAGACGAGAACAGUGACAUUGAUGGUCGGGAGCUUGCCGAAGAACUGGAAUCUUUAAAAGCUUACUUCGUAGCCGCUGGAAUGACCGACUUGAGCGCACUCGUUAUGAUAUCGCACAUUAUUGAUAAAGGUCUGGAUGAGAUAUAUCCAAAUUUCACUGUGACCUUAAGAAUUUUCUUAACAUUACCAGUAACCUCCGCGUCGGGUGAAAGGACCUUCUCAAAGCUAAAGCUCAUCGAAACUUACCUGCGAUCCACUGUGUGCCAAGAUCGACUGAAUGGUUUAGCUGCGAUGUCAAUUGAGCAUGGAAUUUGCAACGAGUUGAAUUUCAGCGAUAUUAUAGCAUCUUUUGCGAACAAAAAAUCUCGCAAAGUCCCACUUUAA